CAGCGUUUCAUUGGGCGGAGGGUUUCUUCUGUGGUUUGAAUGGGGGUAGAAUGUAGGAUACUAGUAUGGAGGAGCUUGGCGAUGGCGAUGGGGAGCUUGGCGCCGGCGAUGGCGGUAAUUCGCCGAUAAUCGAUCCCCUCAUCCAAUGCGAGUCGCGGAUUCUGGACGAUGAGGCGGAGCUGUGCUGCUGCGUGGCGACCGGUUUGCCCCAUGCGAUCAAGGAGCAGCCGGAAGCAAGGGCGUACAAGCUGGGCAAGCACAAGUGCUCUUACAAUCGCGUGAAGCUGAUCAUCCGAGACGCGCUUUCCUCGAGCGCGAAGCUGAAAAUCUCCGAGGCUGUCCAGAUCCCAGUCGGGCCGGCUGACGUCGACGAUCGGCUUCGAGAGAGCUGCUUGAAAUUCCAGGUCCGUUUCACCCAAGGGAACAGGAUAGAUCUCUUCAUUCUCCUCGUCUACUCGUCGCCGAUCGAGGAUUACCAGGAAAAAUCUACGCAGCAGCAGAGCUACAAAUGGAUCCCAGUGACCCGCUCCAAGUGCAAGAACUCCAAAAAUCCUUGCAAAGGUCCGGUUCUUCGCGGACUCCAGCGCUUUGGCACGCAAAAAUCUCCAAGGAACUUGUACGUGGCGAUCGACGAAGCCAGCACGCAUGUCUGCCCGGUGAAAGGAGAAGCUUCUACUUUUCGAUUCUUGCUCGCUGCCUAUGACGACCAGCGUCUACUUCUCGGGAGCACAGUGUCCAGCCCGAUCAGAGUUUUCUGUAACAACGACACUCCUCUCGGUGCUGCGUCUCUCAAGAUCAAGUGUGACAUCAAAGGUGGCUGGCAAGCACGAGAGAAACAGAAGAGAACUAGGACGCCUUUCGCAGAUUUGACGAAUACCUCCGAAUGGAUAAAGAAAUGCAGCAAAACAACGGGCUCCUGCCAAGCGAAGACUGCAUUGCCCGAUCGAGUCGAGGCUCCCAGCGAUGAUCGAGAGCUCAGGGAUCACGUCGACCGAGAGCCCGAGAAAUCCUUGCAGAGGCCGCGGUUUGAGCCUUUCGAGCAGCUCCAGAGCCUUUUCUCGCCCAUCCAGAUCGACUACCUCCAGAAGCAAAAUCCAGAUUUCCUCUACAACUUCGUGCGCUACUCGAGGGAGUUGUAUAACACGUACUACAGAGACACCGCCAAGGAGAUCACGCGCCCCACUGCAAAGAGACCUUCCAUCCCCAAAACCGAGUUGUAAAGACAACUACCAUUGUUUUAGUUAAGCAUGGUGGUAUUGUCCAUACAUAUUUUAAAAAUAAACAUUAUCCUAGAGCGUUU